CGGAAUUUAUUAAAAAAUUUGAGAAAAAUUAUGUAGAUAGUAAUUAUGCUACUGAUUUGUCAACUCUGGAAAAUAAGUUAACGGAAUUAAAAAAAUAUAGUGAAACGGGUGACAAAAAUACGGUUUACAAAAAUUUAAGUGCGGAGGGAAAAGCCACUCUUAAUAAAUUAAUAAGCGGUCUGGACGCCAAAGUAAAAGUCAUGCAAGCGGCCAAAAAAGCCAGCGAGCAAAGUCAAAGUCCUGAUGGGGGCUGA